AGCAUUCUGCGCAUGCGUCCCGCCGCUCUGCGCAGGCGCAUAGUGGGACGCGACAGCGGCGGCGAUGGGCGGGAGGCUGGCGCGUGUAUUCCGGACAUUCAAUGUGGAGAGCCGGGCCCGCCGCGAGAUCAGCAAGGAGAAGCCCACCCCCGCGCCGCGCCACCCCACCAGCCGCUUAGACGAGCUGACCGACCGCCCUGAGAUACAGCAAGAAAUUUCCAGGAAGGACGACAGGCUCCUCACCUUGUUAAAAGAUGUUUAUGUGGAGUCCAGAGACCCCCCGGCACAGGUAAAAGAUGGAGGAGGUGAACAUCUUCCACGUAAACAGGUGGAAAAGAGAUUGACAAAACUAGGUCACUUGGAAGAGCUAGAUAUUAAGAAAGUUCCCAAAGGCAAAAUUUCUAUUGUGGAGGCUUUGAUGCUUCUUAAUAAUCAUAGACUUCAUCCUCACAUAUGGACUGCAGAGAAAAUAGCAGCAGAAUACAAUCUGGAACUGAAUGAAGUCAACUCUCUUCUGGAAUUCUUCAUUCCUUUUUCCCUUCAAGAGUUUCCUAAAGAAACAAGAAAAGCUAUAAAACCAACAUAAGAAUAUUUACAAAAGAUUUGUGUGAUCUUGUUUGUGUCUUAAUUAUACUCCUGAAUAUAUUCAGUGUCUGAAAAGUGCUGGUAAUGUGUUAUUCAGCAAGGCUGCUGUCUUGUACCAAAAAGAUGUAUUCAGGCAAUUCCAUUCAGUAUUUGAUAGCUUCAGUUAAAUCUGGUAAUGACAGGACAGAGUUUGUAAAACAGAUUUUAACAACUAAGUUGUGUGAGAGCCUGUCACAGGAUUCUGAUUGUUGCAUUCACGUUUUUUUCAUUCAGUUAAAAUACUCAAGUUCUAUUUAGAAAUUUAACUUAAACAAAAAAAACCCAAACAGGUUGUCUUUCUUAACAGAGACUUCCUGGCCUCCAGCAAAAUCAGUGCUCUGUGUGUAUUAGCUUUGUAAUUCAUGUUGCAAGGACUUGCUCUCAAGGUGUGUGUAUGUUAAAGCAGCUGUAUUUCUACUGUAUAAAAGUUUAAUACUUACGCUUUAUAAAGAGCGUUAGCCAUAAGAAGAUUUAGGAUGCUCAGCUGUGUCAAAAUACAAAGGUGAAUAGCAAGAAGGCUUCUUUCUGAUGACUAAUGUGUGACCGCUCUUCUACUCCAUUCUGAUUUUGCUGAAUUAUCUGUACCUCCCCAGGUUCUCUUCAUCAGUCGCUGAAUUUGUAGAGUGAAAAUCUAGUACGGCAGUCUUUUGCAGCAGCCUCUGGCACUUGCUGUAUGGGAAGUAAUGGUUCAUGUAGUAGGUAGCUGUUAAAUGCAAUUGUAUCUACUGAUUGGACCCAUUAGUAGAUCUUUUGUGAACGUCUGCCUGUGCUGUUGUAAUAAGCCUUUUUCCCCCACAGAGGCCUUCUCUGAUUCAUCCAAGUACAAGCUUAGAUCAGCGUGUUCACUGAUAAACAAGUUUUCCUCAGGCUACCACACUCAAGAUAGACAGCAUCCUUUAGUUUUUAGUAAAGAAAGUUAAACUGAGGAGAUAACUGGACUGUAGCAUUGAUACUCUGGGUCUGUGUAGAUAAGGAAGAAGUUUAGUGUUGCUGGCAAGUACUGAUUAAUGAAAACUGGUUCAUGUUCUCCAGCUGACUUAGAAAAGAAAGCAGAGUUUAUGUUUAAAAUUACAGUAUGAUUGCUUUCAUUUAAAAAAUAAUAAUGUUGAAAUGUUUACACUGCAACGUGAAUGUUUCUAAUGCGCAUCAUCAAAAAAAAAGGUAAAUGUAACUGCCUUUUUAAUGACUUCUUUGUUAGGUCUUAGGAUUCUGAUUAUGGUAAAUAUUUUACCAAGAACAACAUCAGCUUUGCUAUUUCAUAGCAAGAUUCUUACCGCUUCUCUGAGGUGGAACAAAGUGUUUAAUUAUAGUUUGCCACAGUAUAUUCAAGGUUUUUUUUAAAGUACGUAUCAUUAUAGACUAGUGAAAGAUUGUGUAAAAAUUCUGAUUGGUCUUGGAUGUGGGUAACCUGUAACUUAAUGGGGACAGACCUGAACUGAAAAUAACAAAUAAUAAUUCUGAGCUGUGAGACACGUUAUAAUUUUCUUGUUUUCCACAAAAUACCCUUCUGUGCUGUAACAGAAACACUGUAUUUUUUCAAUACUGUUCAUCCUAGUGUAAUACUUAAGGUGGAAUUCAGUUGUGGAAUACAUUUGGUACAGAUACUUUAUUUUUGUAGGAUACUCUGUGAUUUCUUCAUUUGUAAAUGGAUCUUCAGUUAUGCAUUGGAGUUAAUUAAAAACUUGCUUUACAAUCAGCAUUAGACAGUGGUUUAACCAUGCCCCUUGAUUCAGUACUUGCUUUGGUAUUUCUUUUACACUUUUAACUUGGUUUUGUCUAUUCCCUUUCCUGUGGCUGUUCAGCUGUUGGCAUAAGAAGAAGGUGUUCUUCAAGCAAAUGUUUUGAAGUGGGGGAUCCAAGGGACCUGAAUGCAUCCUUUGGGAAGAUGACCUUCCAGGAUGCACCUAGAUCUGAAAUAUGAAAGCAGAUGCAGUGUUUGUUUUGGCUGUGUUCUGCAAGGUCACUUCACCCCAUGGCUUUCAGUGUUCAAGAGUGUGCUGUUCUCUGGACCACUCACUGCUGUUAAUUCUGCCACAUGGGUCAGCUGGAUCCCAGGUCAGCAUGAAGUCAUUUCUCCUGCACGCAAAAUGAAAGUCAGUCUAUUUAUGUGUACCAUCAGCAGCUGGAAAGCACCAAUGUUUUAUCUCUUGUCACUCGUUACAAAUAAAUCAUAUCCUUCUUCAAAAUUGCCAUGCAGAAUAGAUAUCAAGGAUUUGUAUGAUAUUGUUCAGUGUUUAGAAAAUAUUUAAUCAUCACUGUAGGGUACAAUUUGCAUUAUUCCCAUUUUUCAUGCCAACAUGAUUUGUAUGGCAGCCAAUGUAUGCUAAUUAGUCAAAUUUCCCUAAUUAAUUUUUGUCAAUGUGUUGUCCUAACAUGACUUGAAAUGUACAGCUUAUUGUAUUAAAUGUAUUAAAACUGCUUCUGCUUUCCACUGUGUACCAGGGCAUAAUUUGCUACCAACAGCGUUUACAACAAUUUUUAAACGCACGUAUUCUAAUUAAAGUGAACAUCCAACACGUUGGCCAAGGGUGAGUCAUACUUUGUAAUAGCUCUACGGGGAAGAAGGUUGGAAUUAUGUGUUCUUUCAAAGCAAUGGCUGUGAGAAUAAAUUGUUUUCUUUUUAUGAAGUA